AGUUUUCAAUCCCAGCACACGGAGACGCGUAUCGCGCUGUCUAAUCGUUUCGAGAAAGGCGAACAACAAGUGUCACAAGUCGCUGCUUUACGCAAACGAUUACACCCUUUGGACUCCGAUUGUGGGAUACGCGGAAGGAUGUCAGUGAAAGACGAGGGGCAAGUUCUAUCUACAUUGGAAGUUCCCACCAACAAGGAUGCAGGAGUCACAAGUAUCUGCCUUGACCGUUUCGGCAGCUCACUAUUCGCAGCCGUCACAGAUAAUUGCGUAUACGAGUACGGUAUUCUAACCAGUAAUACGAAGCCG